CUCCACUUCACCGCACCACUUCAAUCUCAUCAAACCCCAAACCUAGAGAGAGGAAAAAAACCAGAGUGAGAGAAAAUGGAAGGCAAAGAGGAGGAUGUUAAGCUCGGAGCGAACAAGUUCAACGAGAGGCAGCCAAUUGGCACCUCCGCCCAGACCAAGGACUACAAGGAGCCUCCACCGGCUCCGCUGUUCGAGCCCGGCGAGCUCACCUCCUGGUCCUUCUGGAGAGCCGGCAUUGCUGAGUUCAUGGCCACCUUCUUGUUCCUCUACAUCACUGUUCUGACUGUCAUGGGCUACGCCAGGUCGACUUCCAAGUGCGCCAGCGUUGGUGUUCAAGGAAUCGCCUGGGCCUUCGGUGGAAUGAUUUUCGCCCUAGUUUACUGCACAGCUGGAAUUUCUGGUGGACACAUCAACCCAGCCGUGACAUUCGGUCUGUUCUUGGCGAGGAAACUGUCUCUGACCAGAGCAGUUUUCUACAUUGUGAUGCAAACCCUGGGUGCCAUCUGCGGUGCUGGUGUGGUCAAGGGUUUCCAGCCCACCAUCUACCAGAUUCAGGGCGGUGGUGCUAACGUCGUUGCCCAUGGCUACACCAAGGGCUCCGGCCUUGGUGCUGAGAUCAUCGGCACCUUCGUCCUCGUCUACACCGUCUUCUCCGCCACCGAUGCCAAGAGAAACGCCAGAGAUUCUCAUGUUCCUAUUUUGGCUCCCCUCCCAAUCGGAUUCGCCGUGUUCUUGGUUCACUUGGCAACCAUCCCCAUCACCGGAACUGGCAUUAACCCUGCCCGCAGCCUUGGCGCAGCCAUUAUCUUCAACAAGGAUAACGCAUGGGAUGACCACUGGAUCUUCUGGCUUGGACCAUUCAUCGGCGCUGCCCUUGCUGCCCUCUACCACCAGGUGAUCAUCAGAGCCAUCCCAUUCAAGAGUGGGCACUAAAAUUUUCGUGUUUGUGAGCACUUGUGCUGCAACUUGAAAGUGUGAAGCUGCUGUUUCUUGGUUCUUUGAUGAUGAUCUAGAAUUGUGUUCAUUGUAGUUUUAUUUAUGUAUUUUAUCUACUGAGUUUGGACCUGUGUUUGGCUCACAUGUAAAGAUAAUUGUAUGAUUUGGGAGUUAUUAUUGUAUUGCCUACUUUUUCAUCAA